CAAAGUGAUAUGGCUGACUUCGUGGAGGCGUGGUAUUCCGAUCUUCUGGAAACUGCGGCUGCCGGAAUUCGUGGGGAAGCAGAGUGGCCAAAUGGAAGUGCAACAACACCGCACCCGGUUUAUAGACUUCUCGAGCUGAUGAGAGGAGACCUGCAGAGAGGCCUUCGUUACGAUAAUUUGAUAGAAUUUGUUUGUGAUCUUAAGGAAAGCGACGUAGAAACGCUGAUGGCCACGGUGAGGAAGGGAAAAUGUUAUUCGGCAACGGCACCCCACGGGACGGCACACCUUUGGCACAAUGCUUCCCCAGAUACAUCAGAAGGGAACCUGCGAGACCAUAAAAGAGGGUUUGUUGCAUGUAUUCAGGUACUACUUAAAAGCAGCAUGGUAUUCGGAAACCCUCUUUUGGAGCUGCACAGGCUUCUCGUCAGGUUGACGACGAAGUUUGGUCGCACACCGCUUCCUCUUCAAACACAGCUACUACGGGCACUGCUUACUCGACCCCACGGAGAACUGAAGACCACUAGAACAUACAAAAACGGCUUUUCUCGGGAAAGGUCGAAGCCUGACGAAUCUCUGAAACACUCUCGCGGGCCCAGAGCACGCUGUAGCUGUGAUCCAGAAUUGCAUCCAUCAUAG